GAGUCUGGCAGAGAGCGCGCGGGUGUAGUCAGGAGGAAAUGGUAUGCAGCUCGGGCUGCUCUCUUCCUCCUCCUCCUCCGGGUCCCGUAGCGAUCCUCCUGUCUGUUGCUAUUCGCAUAGACAGCAGCCCGUUUUAAAGUGAAACACGGAGCUCUGAGAUACUCAUCCUGGACCUCUCUCCUCCCGGCAUGCCCCAGCGAGGCGGCUAAAAACGGUUACCGGCUGACGAUGGCUUCGGUACGGGCGGUGUGCAAAGUUGCGGCGGGACUCGUGGGAAGUGUUCAGAGCCUACGCUGCGGUCUCAGACCCGCUCGCCCGGUUACAUUUCUACACCAGGUUCAGCACAGAAGGCCUCCGCUUGGAAGUUAUCCAGCUCUUUUCUACGCUACAAAUGCUCCCUCUAGUGCAGAUGCAUCUUUGAAGUACAAACAUGGCCGUUUGGUUCUGGAAGUCCCCUUGCCAUCCAGGAAUGAGAAGUGUCUGUUUUUUUUAAGGCCCAUGUUGAUGAGCGUGGGCGAUUUGAUCGGCGAUCUGCAGAAAGAGGACCCAGGAGCUACCGCCUCAAUUCUCUCUAAAGAUGGGGAGCGCAUUGCCAACAGCACGCUGAUCGAUGCCCUGCUGGACAAGGACUUUCAGCUUGUCAUCAACAAUGCAGUUUAUAAUGUCUGCGCUCCUGAAAAGGUGUGUGCAUCCGCUGAGCACGCUAUGGAGCUGGAGGACAUGAAACAUGUCGUGCACCUGCUGCACACGGCGCUCCACCAGCCCGAACACCAGCUGCUGAAGGAGAGGGAGCUCCUGGAGAAACUGGACAACCUCAAACAGGAGCUUUCUCCUCUGGAGAAGAUGAAGGCAGACCUGUCUGGUAAAGCAGACUUCCAGACAUCCAGGGCUCUGUAUGUUGGCCUGGCGCUGCUGUCCGUGCAGGGCGGCGCUCUGGCCUGGCUCACCUGGUGGGUCUAUUCGUGGGACGUCAUGGAGCCCGUCACGUAUUUCAUCACCUACUCGACCAGCAUGGGAGCUUUCGCCUACUAUAUCCUCACCAAACAGGAUUAUGUAUACCCAGACGUCCAGGACAGGCAGUUCCUGCGUUAUUUUUAUAAGGGGGCCAGGAAGAAGAGAUUCAACGUGGAAAAAUACAAUGAACUCAAAGACGAGCUGGCUCAGGUGGAGGAAGACUUGAGGCGUCUGAGAUAUCCAACCCAACUCCAGCUACCAAUUGAACAAAUCCAGCCAAAGCCAUAAAUGAAGCCAAGCCAUGAAUUAUGGUCCCUCAAACUUUAACAGAGGAAAAACAAAACUAAUUUUCCUGCUUUAUUUUGAUAAUAGCACCUUUUUAUCUCAAAUCCAUGAAAUUGUUUUCUUUAAGUAUUAAUAAUGAUGCCAAUUAUAUCAUCAAAGAAAAAAAAAUAACAAAGAUUGAUUGCUAAUGAAAUGAAAUGUUUCCCAAACCCCAUUUGAAUCUGGUGUCUUCCUGGUCUGAUUGUGUGACUGUGAAGCGUGUUGAUUAAAUGUGCUUCUCAGCCGUUA